AGGAGAAAAGAGAGCCGAACAAAAAUGGAGGAUGACAAGAACAAGCAAAGAAAAUUCCUUCUUCUCUUCUUCUUCUCCUUCACCUUCACCGCUGUUUUAUUACCCACGUGCCAAUCUUUCAACUACGCUGAAGCUCUUUCCAAGAGUCUACUCUAUUUAGAAUCCCAACGCUCCGGCCGCUUACCUUACAAUCAAAGAGUCACUUGGCGCCACCAUUCUGCCCUCACCGAUGGCCUUGAACAAGGAGUGGACUUGGUUGGAGGAUACUACGAUGCAGGUGAUAACGUCAAAUUUGGUCUGCCCAUGGCUUUCACCGUCACAAUGCUUGCCUGGGGUGUUAUCCAAUACGGAAAACAAAUUUCCGUCGCCGGCGAGUACCAGCAUGCCCUUGAAGCUAUCAAGUGGGGGACGGAUUACUUCAUCAAGGCACACACUCACCCAAAUGUCUUGUGGGUUCAGGUGGGUGAUGGCUACACCGAUCAUUACUGCUGGCAACGGCCAGAAGACAUGACGACGUCUCGGCAAGCCUACAAAGUGGAUGAAAAAAACCCUGGGUCGGAUGUCGCCGGAGAGACUGCGGCGGCAUUGGCAGCAGCAUCAAUCGUAUUCAGGAGAACAAACCCACAUUAUUCCUACCUACUAUUGCAUCAUGCAAAAGAAUUGUUCGAGUUUGGAGACAAGCACAGAGGAAAAUAUGAUGAGAGUGUGCAGGUGGUGAAGGGCUACUAUUCGUCGGUGAGUGGGUACAAGGAUGAGUUGUUAUGGGCUGCCUUGUGGCUAUACAAGGCCACCGACAAUGAGGCUUAUUUGAUGUAUGCGUUAAAGAAUGCUCAUGGAUUUGGUGGGAUCACUUGGGCCAUCUCUGAAUUUAGCUGGGAUGUCAAGUAUGCUGGUGUUCAGCUCAUUGCUUCCAUGUUAUUAACGGAUGAGAGGCUGAGAAAACACAAGCUCAUAUUAGAGAAAUACCGUUCAAAAGCAGAGUAUUAUUUAUGUGCUUGCCUUAACAAAAGCAAUGUCACUAAUGUGGAACGCACCCCAGGGGGUUUACUAUACAUCCGCCAGUGGAACAACCUCCAAUAUGUAUCAACGGCUGCUUUUCUUCUCACAGUUUACUCUGAUUACCUUCACGCAUCAAAUCAGCGGGUUAAUUGUGAUCAGGGGACGAUGUCCCCACAAGAAAUUUUCAGUUUCGCAAAAUCACAAGUUGAUUACAUAUUGGGUAAUAAUCCAAUGGGCAUGAGCUACUUAGUUGGGUAUGGUUUGAAAUACCCUUUAAGGGUCCACCACAGAGGAGCAUCCAUCGAAUCAUAUAGAGGGAACAAGGGUUUUAUUGGGUGCACACAAGGGUAUGAUCUUUGGUACAGCCGGCAAGAUCCAAACCCUAAUGUUAUUCUGGGGGCCAUAGUUGGUGGGCCCGAUGACAAGGAUGAAUUUUGGGAUGAGAGAGAAAAUUACAUGCAAACUGAGGCCUGCACUUAUAAUACUGCAACUCUUGUUGGGGUUUUUGCUAAAUUGCAUACAUUGAAAGAGGAAGAUUUGUCUGCCAAUCCAUCAUUUGUUGCAUCAAGCUCUUGCUAACAGAAAUUUUUUAAAAUUCUCUGGCCAUUGAGAAUAUAUGAAAUAUAAUAGCAAGAUUUGGUUUUCAAGAAGUGGUUAUGGCAUUUGAUUAUAGAUGACCUAACCAAAUUCACCUACUAAAUAAAGAUUUAUAAAUUUUUAUUUCCUGUAAAA